GAAAAACAACGUACAUACAAGCCGCCUCCAGAUCAGUCUCAGUUGCCCAGGGAGCUUCGUACCAGUCCACCUCAACAAAUCCAGUCCUGUACAGCACGUCAAUACCAGCACCGACUGUCGUCGGCAUACAUGAUCCCAACCUAGAAUUCCCUCUGUCUCUCGCCGAAUCUCAGAACAACUCAUUGCUAUGACAUACAUAACCAACGUCGCUCUCCUCGUCCGCGACUAUGACGAGGCAAUCGCUUUCUAUUCGAAACUGGGGUUCCAACUAGUGGAAGAUACCCCUAUUCCAGAGCAGGGCAAGAGGUGGGUCACCGUCCGACCACCUCCUCCAUAUCCGGAGCGCACCUCGGCAGCACAGCAGAGCACCGAAUUUUCAGAUUCUCAGGGUGGUGGUGGCGGGGCCAAGCAGGAGGCAUCGGCUAAACCGCCCGAGCUCUCACCGAGGGAAACGCUCAUUCUCCUGGCCCGUCCCAGCAACGCAGAGCAAGAGGCUUUCAUAGGGAACCAAACCGGGGGGAGAGUGUUCCUGUUCCUUGCGACGGACAACUUUGAGAGGGACUUUAAGCUGUUUUCGGAGGCGGGUGUCGAGUGGGUAGGGCCACGAAGGUCGGAGCCGUAUGGAGAAGUGGUCGUGUGGAAGGAUCUAUAUGGGAAUCUGUGGGACCUGGUUCAGUACCGCUAGCUUCAAGAUGUUUUAUAUGGAACUGGCUACGCUGGACGGUUGCAAAGGCCGGUUGGACAUCUUGCAAUAGGGGAAGGGACGCCAACGUACACGGCAUACUAUAUUACCAUCAGCUGUGACUUCACAGGUUGGGUUGGCGGCAUGGUGCUUUGCCGUCGUCCCGCUAAAUGAUAAAG